AUGUCUGAGCUCUCAGCGCUCCGCGCGUACCACGUCGACAACGGUCUUUCCGAUGCAAUUUUUGACCUCCACGCCAAGCAUUUUCGUCGUAUGGUCGAUGGUGCUCGCCGGCUGCAACCCCCGCGCCAAAAGCGGGUUCGCAAUCCAAUCCCACGCACCUCAAUUAUAACCCUAUCAGGGAAUAUUUCACAUCUACCUGCCCAGCCACUGAGGCUCUCAGGGCCCCAGAGAGACGAUCUCAAUCUUGCCGUGGCUGCCCGGGUUGCCUUCGCCGGGUUUCUUCGGUUCGGGGAAUUUACAUACUCAGCUGCUGAGCAUAGGAAUACGCAAAUCUUUGUUGCUACUAAGUUAACCCGGGGGGAUAUCAGAUUCUCCCCUACCAUGGACCACGUCCUCCUCACUUUAAAGAGAAGCAAGACCGACCGAAACCACGAAGGUGUUAAUAUUGUCCUUGCAGCGACAAACGACGCGGCCUGCCCCGUUGAGGGACUUUCUAAGCUAUUCCUUCAUGAUUCACAACCUUCAACUGCUCCUUUGUUUACGCUCUCCUCCGGGCCAUUCACCUCAGCCGCCUUUCAACGCGCCGUUAUCUCCAAGCUCAAACGCUCUGGGGAAGAUACCACAGGACUAAAAGGUCAUAGUUUCAGAAAAGGGGCAGCCCAACACGCCCACGAUUCGGGCCUGAGAAGUGACCACAUUCAAGCCCUCGGAAGAUGGUCUUCCGAAGCUUUCCGUCUUUACUUCACGACGCCCCCAACAACACUGUACACCUGGAACCGUCAAUUCCAGACCGGUCAUCCAACUCCGGUCUCCUCUUCCUCACCACCAGCCCCUCCACCAUCCUUAUUUGGCCCAUCGGGUCAUUUGGGCCCGCCUGCAGCCCUCGCGGCGCUGUAG